AUUCGGAAAUUUUUUAGACCUUUUUCAUCUUUUAAGUGACUAUUUUGGAUAAACACAAACUUGGCCUUCUCAAUUUUGAAUAAUGGAAGUUGAAGAACAGGGGACCAAAUCAAGAGUUGUCAAGGUAAACUCUAAGGAAUCAUGGGAUUUUCAUGUAAAUCAAGCCACACUUCAAGGAUGCCCUAUUGUGGCACACUUUACGGCUGUUUGGUGUAUUCCCUCUGUGGCUAUGAAACCCUUUAUGGAGGAGUUGGCUUAUAUGUACCAAAAUAUGUCUUUUCUCACAGUUGAUGUGGAUGAGGUCAAGGAGGUGGCUAGCAAAUAUGAGGUGAAAGCCAUGCCAACAUUUCUGCUGCUGAAAGGUGGAGUGCCAGUUGACAAGAUAGUUGGUGCAAAUCCAGAUGAGAUGAAGAAAAGGAUCCACAGUCUUGCUCAAUCCAACCCCACAGAUAUACCCUAGUCCAAGUACAUAUCACAUAUACAAACAUAAAUAUAUACUGAUAUGCAGUGUGCCAGUACUACAGAAGCUUCUUUUGUUUGUGUGGCUUCUGCUGUUUCAUCUUUAAAUGUCAGAUAAUUCCAUAUCCACUUAUAGUUGAGUGUUAAAAACAGUUAUGUAUUCAAGGUUUCUAUGAAUAAUGUAACAAGUUAAUGAACGUAAUACGCGGUGAAUGGCUUUUCUGGACACUGA